AUGAGGGCACUUUGGCAGCUACCAACCACCCACUGCCGACGUCUGCCGGCACCCGAGUUUGCCACCACACCCCGAAAUGUUGACCUUUGUUAUGGUGCGUAAAUCCGAUAACGUCUGCCAGAAUCCGAUAUGGCCUCCGUAACUCUUUCCUCCCUGAAAUUUAAGGCAAGACUAUCUGUAGUGCAGAAGGACUUAUAGCCGUGCUCUCCCUCGAAUUCCUCGCACUGGCAGAGGGGGGAGACCUAGAGAGUUGCGAAAAUGCUCUUUAGGAAGUGGAGGAUAAUCUAAAUGACACCGGUUUUCAACACUGGUGGGAUGGCGGCGCUCGGCCGCAAUCACCACUACCAGUAAUCCGCUUCAGCCUCACAACUUCAACUGCUCCGCAUGGUCUGGUUCUCACACACAGUCGUGCCGACAUUUUAGGUCUCCUUAAUCUCCUCUCGAUGUCACACCAAGUUUUUAUUUCAUCUAGGCCUCAUCUUAGGACUACGUGCCCUGUGAGUGCGCGUACUUGGGCAGGCCGGCUGCAGGCAUGGCGAGAAAGAAAGAGAGAGAGAGCUUAACGUGGCACUUUGGCAGUUUACUUUCAGCUACCAACCGCCCACUGUCACCCUACCCCCCUUGAUUCUUUACUUCCUCCAGAGUUCUUUCCCUAUGUCUUCCAACUGCUGGCCGUUAUGCUGGAGCAGUACUCUCUGUGCGAGUCGGUGCUUGCCCUACACAGUGGCAAACUGAAGAACGGCUCAGACGCCCACUCCAGCCUGCGUCCUGCUCCACCCUACACGGCCCUCCUGCCCCGCCUGAUGACGCCCUCCUUGUGGGAAACUGGUGGCACUGUCGCCCCCCUGGCCCGCCUCAUGCAGGCCUACCUUCUACACAACCUGGAGGCUGUCAUGAGUCUAAAUAAGGUGAGUUGCCGGCCCUUCGCUUCUUCUCCGCUACCCGAUGUUCAGGCCUUAGCAGCGGGAGUCCCCUUGAGCGCAACCCGUGUGAUCUGAAUUUAACCCAGGUGGACGAAUACACAGUAUAAGCGGGGAGGUAAAGCAACACCGCGGUCUGCUCCACGACGGCCUAGAGUUGUGCUACAGCUAGCUAAUCCCCAUGGCGCUUCCACCUGAAGCGGGCAGUGGUGACAGAACUGCCCCAGUUUCGUUGAAAUGGUUGUUGGGGAGGAAAUUGCUCUUUCUGCCUUCAAGUUGGUCCACCCGGUCUGUUCAAGUUUUGACUUGCCAGGCGGGUUGCGUAGCAGGGUCGAGGGAAGGGACGGUUUCCUGUAGCACCUGAGUCCGAAUGUGGACGUCUUUACCCCCCCCCCUUCUCUGCCUCUCGGUUGUUGGAUCCCUUCUGUAUGACGAACAUGGCACGUGGUUGCUUAUUCGUUAGACCUCAAGGCGCGCGCCUAGCCAUCACCGAGAGAGCGCUGUUUUACCACCCACCAUGUGUGGACUGUCGGGUGGUCCACAGCUUAGGAACCUGGUGCCGCCUUUCACGGCCUCCAGUUGACACCCCAGCCCAAUAAGACAUCUAAGCGCGACUGCCCGUUCCCCUCCCCCCCUGGUCAACUUCGCCUGACCUUGCUUUACUACCGCUGUGAGUCUUCUUUUCUCUAAUCAAGGGCAUUGUCUAGCCGUCUGUUUUCGUAUUCCAUGCCCUCGUCACUCCUAGGAAACAGAAUCUUUUCAGACAUCCUGUACAUGCAAGCCGGUUAACAAUCUGCCUGAACGCCAGAUCCGUCUACCUAUUUCGUUGCGUACGGGACUUUCUAUCCGAUCACUGGGCUCAAGUCUGCUCAAAGGACACGUGUUGUUUCAAACUUCAGUUUGAUUAUUACGGCGCCCAUUGUUGAUGUCUCAAGGUGCACAAUACUACAGGGUCCCGGAACCUAUGGACUUGUCUGUCUGCCACCCAAACCCAUUUACUGUUCACAAACCCAUCUGUGUCUGUUACUCACUCUCAGAUGCCAUGCUACACAACUGGACACUUUUUUGCCUUCUUAAGGUGGCCCAUCUUCCGGUCCCUGUAAACGGGCGCGGCUGCUUUUUCGAACUUGUGAUGUGGUAGAGGUUGUAAUGAACUGCCUGUUUAAGUGCACUGCACUCUCUGUCCCUUGUAAUGGCUCUGACGCUUUCGUUGAAACAAUGUUCUUGAAUGGCGGGUGACGGAUACUGCCGAUACCACUAUAACCAGGAUGGUACGCUAGUCAUCACAGCCCCCCCCCCCCC